GUGUAUCACAGUGAUAUAUGGUGAUAUCUUGUGUGAAUUUAAACAUUUUAAAAGCUAAAAGCUAAACAUUAAAACAUUUAACUAACAUUAUGUAUUUAUAUUUUGUUAUUUUAUCUUGGUAUUAAUUUCUUACCGUCUAUUUACCAAAACCAAAAAUUAAAUAUAAUAAAUGUAAGCAGACUGAAUUCAUGAUAGUUAAUAUUGUACCUAUACGUAUACCAGUUCCUAACUUGGUGCAUGGAAAUCUUAUACGGUUAAAGGCGCACGUAAAGGAAUUAUUUGGGAAGGGGAAGGCGGAGGAAAAGUCAAAGAAAAUCGCAGGCUCGGGGCACAUGACAGUAAUAUUAUACUACGAUGACGGACGACCAUGGACUGUCCAUAAACGCACUGCCCGACGAGAUUUUGCUGUGCGUAUUCCGGACGCUGUCCGCCACCGAGUUCGUCGCGACGUUGCCGCUAGUGUGCGACCGCUGGUCGCGGAUAGUAGCCUCAGACGCUUGCACGCUAAAGCGGAUAGGCAUGCACCAUGCGAAAUCGACCGCGAAUGUCGAAUUCUUCUACUUCCGGGACGAAAACGAACGGUCGCUGAUGUUCCACUGGCCGUCUGACGAGUACGCUGCACGGCUACUGCAAUGCGGCGACAGCCAUGGCGCGGGUGGUCCGGUCACUCCGGUGAAGCGGGUUGGUUACGCGAAAGCGUUCUACUUGUGCGCUAGGUACGCGGAGAUCUGCGGACACGUCGCCGCGCUGGUCAUCUCGUCCAAUUUGUCCGUCUACGCUACUGACGGGUUCACGUACGUCGAUCGUCUGACCACGUUAGUGUUGCACGGCGUCCGGAUCCGGGAGGUGGACCAGUACACUCUCGCCGAACUGGGCACCGUGUACAUCAACGUGCUGGACGUGGUGUACGUGAAAUGCUCGUUGGCCUCACGCUUCGACCUCAAGUUCCUGCACUCCGGGUUUGGGCAGUUGCGGCGGUUCCGGGUCGACCACAAUGCAGUCGGCGUCCGGUUCCUGGAAGACCUGUUGCAUGCACACCGGGGCACCCUGGAAACGGUCGUGCUGGGCGACUGCACGGUGACCGGUGAUCGGUGGAUAGACGUUCUGUCAGACAGGCUUCGCGGACGUACCAUCAAUCGGCUGAGCAUGCACAGUGCGUACUUCACGGACAGGUGUGUGAAUCGGUUUCUGACCUCCACCGACUUGGUACUGCCCGAUGACAGAUCCAAAGUGACCAUUGACAGUGCUCUAAGUAGGAUCUCUUUUUCCAUCGACAUCGAUCCUUUACGAUGAUUUCGUACUCGGUACCCAUAUAAUUAUCACCGUUGCAGCCUGCAGUUUUACGAAGCAAAUUAUGAAUUAUAAAAAAUAAAAUACGAUACCAUAGUUCACAAUAUGAAAUGAUUAAUGACUCUUUAGUAAAAAAUAUAGGUACUUAUAUGUGUCUAAUUUUCAUGCACUUUGCGGUAUUUUUUUUAAAACGAACGUUAAUCCUCACUUACUUGGUAAUUUUCGACGUAUUUCGUUUCCUUUUUGAUUUGUCUAUUAUAUAAUAUAGGUCAUAGCCCAUAGGUAUAUUAUAUUUAUAAAGUUUACAUUUUAAUGUAGGUAAAGUAAAAUUGGCAUAGCUGCAGUUAACGAUAUCAGUAUUUCCAGCUUAUAUACUAUAUUAUGUAGGGACUUGCCUACGAAUUGUAAAAUGGUAAUACAUUGAUAUUAAUUACUCAAAUCAUUAUCAAUCCCAUAUUUUCUAUAACUAUUAAUUAUUAUCCUUAAGACCUUAAAGGGCUUAAAGAAUAUAAAGUUUUGAUACUAAAAAAUAAUAGUUCUAAUUAAGAUUUUAUAGGUAUAACAUUUUAAAAGAAGACAUCUGUUUAUUAUACAAAUGGUAUUGGCCUAUAUCAUUUUUAGAGGUAAGUAAUGGAUACUCCGCUUAGGAUUUACCACAUUACUAUGUUGGUCAAAAUAGUAAAAUUAUUAACCAUAAAUUAUAAUUUAUAAUGAUACAAUAAUACCUAUGUGCCUACUAAUAUUAG